AAUCAGAGCGAAGUGUUUUCCCGUGGCUUCCUUAUAAUUAUCGUUGGAAUCAGAUUGAAAGACAUAAAAGAUGUUUGGUAGAAGAGGCGUGGAACUCGUUAAAGAGCUCGACCAGUCACUCGACAGCAUUCCGCCUUUUAAUGAGGAAUUAAUUACUGAAAUACUCGAGGAGAUGCAAAGACUUUACAAUGAGAAUAGGAUUGACGUGAACACCAGGCCCGACGAUCACGAAACUUAUUUGUCCAUAAAAGUUCGACACGCUGUACUGAAGAGGGAUAAACGGUGUAUCCUUGCGUAUCUUUAUAAUCGUCUACGAAGAAUUAGACAGAUGCGAUGGGAAUUUGGUAGCAUUCUACCGCCGGAAAUCACAGUCUCGUUGUCAAAGCCGGAAGUCCAAUGGUUUGAUUCAUACAGCAAGUGUUUGGCGACGUACAUGAAGUCCAUAGGCGAUAACCAUGGGUUAAAUCUUACUUCGGACCUUGCGCCUCCCAAGUCUCUCUUUAUAGAGGUCAAGUGCAUAGCUGACUACGGCAAGUUCGAAUUCGGCGACGGGGAGUCUGUGCAGCUAAAGAAAAAUACAUAUCAUUUACUGCCAAGAAGUGAAUGUGAGCAGCUAGUAAGACAAGAUGGCUGCGUCCUUCUCUCACCCCGUUCAUUGACAGUCAACUGUAAGCGGCAUUGCGAAAGAAAAGACCAAGAGACCAAGCGGGAGUCGCUCUCUGCGUGCAGAUCUUUGUAACUCUUCGUUUGUGAUCGAUCGCCUGUCGUUUCUCUCCUUGGCCAAUCGUGAGGAGCUCAUUUAAAAUUCGAGACCCCGCAUAUCGACUGCUUCAUUAGGUAUUUCCCGUACGGCUUUGAAGCCACAACUUCAGCGAGUGCCAAAGCAACAGGGAUUUCCUAGGAG